GCUCCUCAGAAAUUGUGAUUGAAACAGAUUGUAGCGCUCCACGGUCGCAAUGGCAACUGCCUGGAUGGAUCGUCAACAGCAACUUUCGUCCUAUAUAUGAGAUACGUUUGACGUGGCGGGGAAUUAAUGACCAAUCGAAGAACACCUAUUCUAAUGUGAUGAACAAAGUUUGACAUUUUCCAGUACGAAAAUGUCACAGGGAUGUACAAUUUCUGUAGAAGAGAUCCAGUCCUGGUGGGAAGUACCCGCCAUAGCGCACUUCUGUUCGUUGUUCAGGACAGCGUUCAACCUUCCAGACUUUGAAAUAGAGGAGCUGGAGAAAGCCCUGUCGGAGCAGGACUUUGAUUUCCUGGGUGACCUCAUCGCCUGUCUUUUACAGGGAUGCUACCAGCGCAAGGACAUCACCCCCCAGGCCUUCAGCGGUUACCUCGAUGACAUCAUCAACUAUCGCUGGGAGCUGGAGGAGGGCAAGCCCAACCCCCUGCGGCAGGGCCCCUUCCAGGAGCUGCCCGUCCGCACCCAGGUGGAGCUGCUGCACCGCCUGUGUGACUACCGGCUGGACGCCGCCGACGUCUUCGACCUGCUGAAGGGCCUGGACGCUGACAGCCUGCGGGUGGAACCCCUGGGGCAGGAUGGGAGCGGGGCCCUCUACUGGUACUUCUAUGGCACGCGCAUGUACAAAGAGGAGCCCGUCAGAUGGAAAGCAGAGCCGCUCAGUGAACCGCCUGAAGGGAACCCACCGGAGAAGAAGAAGAAGAGGGGGCGGCCCCCGAAGAAGAGGGUGGAAGACCUCCAGCUGAGUGAGGCGGAGAGCGAGGUUCAGACUGACACCGCCCUGGACAGCCCCCCCCCUGGCACAGACCGCCAGAGAGGCUGCUGGUCCCUGGUGUGCGACACGGAGCCUCAGUGGGUCAGUCUUGCGGAGAGCAUCAAGGACAAAACCUCCCCGCAGGACCGCCAUCUCCACCGCAUCAUCAGCCAGAACUUCCUGCCAGAGAUCAGCAGCAUGAUUGAGCACAAGGAAAAGGAGCAGAAGCAGAAGCUUCUGGAGCCCUCACCAAUCCGCGCAUCCGGGCGCCACUCCGAGAAACGGAUCCACCAAGAGGAAGAGGACGACCUGCCAGCCAUGGCCGAGGUGGACAAAAGGAAGGACGGGGAUUUGGACCGGCAGCUCCUGUUGGCGGAGCAGCGACGGGAGGACGAGCGCUUCCUGCAGGAGGAGAGGCAGAGGGAGGAGAUGGAGAAGGUCAAGGCCGUGGAAGAACGAGCCAAACGAAGAAAGCUGCGGGAAGAGAAGGCCUGGUUGCUCUCUCAGGGUAAAGAUCUGCCCCCAGAGCUGAUGAAUCUGGACCCUCACUCGCCCAUCCGCAGGUCGCGCAAGACCAAGGAGUUUUAUGAAAUCGACGAUGACUACACUGCGCUUUACAAAGUGUUGGAGACCCUCAAAGCGCAUAAAGACUCCUGGCCCUUCAUGGAGCCUGUGGACGACUCCUACGCCCCCAACUACCAUGAGCUCAUUCAGACUCCCAUGGAUCUGUCCACCAUCGAGAGGAAGCUGAACGAAGGCGACUACAUCGCAAAGGAAGAGUUUGUAACCGACGUGAAACUUAUGUUUCAAAACUGCAUGGAGUACAACGGGGAAGACAGCGAGUACACCAACAUGGCAGACUCUCUGGAGCGCUGCUUCAGCCGCGCCCUCCUGAAGCACUUCCCCUCGGAGGACGGCGACACGGACGAGGAGUUCCACGUGAGCGGCGAGGACCGCGAGCGCAAGGAGCGCAAGCGCAGCCGCGGCAGCAAGCAGCCGGGGCCCGACAGCCUGAUCAGGGCCACGGAGCAGGCCCACCGCAAGCGCAGCGCCCCGGGGGGCAAGGGCAGCACCCCCUCCGCCGAGGAGGAGGGCAAGAAGCCCGGCCGGCCGCCGCCCCCGCCCCACUGGGCCACCGGGCCGCCCCAUCACCCCCUGGGCCCGCAGCACCUGGGCGGCGGCGGGAUGUACCGCCCAGGACCACAGAUGCAUGGACCUCCUGGCCCCCACGGUCCGCCCAUGUAUUCCCAGAGGAUGGCCAUGGACCCCCGCUUUGCCUACUCUGCUCAGGGGGCUCACAUACCCAGGCACGGCGACCCCGGUCUGCAUCGCAUGCCGCACAACUUCAGCAUGCAGCAUCACCUGCGUGACGGUCUGCACGGGGGUCUCCGAUACCCCAUGGGUCCAGACGCCCACCAGCCACAGCCCCAGCACCAACAGCAGCACCCCUACGUCGGCCCCACGCACGGGCCCUCGCUAGGCCCGCGCCCUGUGGCCCUUCAGCCCGGGCCCCCCUCCGAGGCCAGCAUGUACCCGACCCGCCAGCGGCCAGAGGGGCACACCAUGCACCCCCUGGCCAACAGAUACCCCAUCCCCGAGGGCCCCCCGCAGCACAAGUACCCAGGCUUCGGGGCCCCCGGUAUGGGCCUGUCCAACAUGUGGCCCGGUAUGCACCACCAGCCCCAAGAGAGGCCGCACGGGCCCCACAUGCAUGACCCCAACAUGGCCGGCCAGCCCCAUUACAACCAGGGAGGGGUGCCCCCGCCGCUAGGACAAAAGCCCUGGCCAGAGCCCGCCGCAGGAUACCCCCACAUGCCCGCCCCCAACGCCCAGUACCGAGUGCCCCCGGCCGGGAGCUCCCUCGGCGGCGCGGCCCCCCAGCCCGCGCCGCACCCAGACGCUGGCCGGCGGCGGCUGGCCUCCAUGCUGGAGAGCCCAGAGAUGCUGGCCCUGCAGCAGCUGUCGGCCUCCUCCGGACCCCCCGCGGGGCCCCCUCGCCAGCACAUGGGCACCCUCCAGCAGCAGAAGCCCGGGCCCCCGUCAGCAGUUGGCAGCGCCCCAGCAUAUGCCCCCCGGCCGCCCCCCCCUCCCCAGGAGGUUCAGCUGCUGCGGCCCGCCAGAGACAAUGGGCCAGACAGACGGCCUCCCCAGCAGACGGACACGCCGCUCAGAGCUGAAUCUCAAAUGGCGGCCAAACGCAACGACCCCACAACCCAGGCCUCAGCACAAAUGACCUCUCUGUCCUCGGACCACGAGGGCCGGCCCCCGCCCGGCCCGGCAGAGUGUGGCCCUCCUGGGGGAAUGCACGGCCCUCCAGGGCCCGGCUGGGGCCGAACCCCGGAGCGUCGGACCGCCCCGGGACCCGCGGCGGGCCGAGCCCAGGAGUCGGACUACCAGGGACAAUCCCACAGCCACGAGGCCGCCCAGCACGCCAACCCAGCCGCCGCCUCGGCCCGGUACGGCAGCAGCAGCAACAGCAGCCCCGUCCACCCCAGCACCGCCAAAGACCCAGAGCACCCACACAGCCAUCCCCAGCACUGCAGCCCUUCAGACCGGCCGAACGCACCUCAGCACGCCCCUGCGCCGGUACCAGAGAGGACCCCGCCACACAAUCUGAACGGACGUCCUCAGAGCCGGGGACACCAGGACAGCCCCCAAACCCUCCAGCAGCCACCCCACAACGGCGCUCACUACCUCACCUCGCCACAACACCCCCCCCAGCACGCGCCCCAACAGACCAGCCCUGUGCACGGGAUGCCCCAGGGGGGUCCCCAGGGGGGUCCCCAGGGUGCCCGGCACCCUCCGUCCCAGCCCGUCCCUCUCACCUCUCUGCCCCCCAGCCACCCCGUCCCCCAGCUGCCCCCCCAGCCGAGCCCUGCCGACCGCGGGGAUCAGAGGCCCUCGGAGCCCUCUGGCCGACGGGGGGACCCGGGCGGCCCUGACUCCCCCCAGCGCAGCCUGCAGCCCGUGGACCGCGCCGCGGGCGCGUUGAAGCAGCAGUGCUACAGCCCCACGCCCCACCAGACGCCACUGGCAGGCGGCACCCACGGGGGGCGGGCCGUCCCUCGACCCGCCCCGUCCGGCCAGCACCCGGCGAUGCACCCCCAGGGCCAGGGGAACGGACCUAUGGGGCAGUACGGCCUGGCCAGCCCCCCGCACCCACACUACGGCCAUCAGAACAUGGGCAGGCCCAUGCCGCCGGCUGCCCAGCACCCCUACCCCAACCAGACCAUGAACCCAACCCACUACCCGGCCUACCACCACCCCCAGCAGGGAGGCGCCGGGUACCCCUUCCACAUGGCGGGCCAGCAGCACCCGCAGGCCCACCCCAACAUGUACCCCCAGUACCAGCAGCAGCAGCCCUACUACGGCCAGCCCCAGGCCCUGGCUCACGCUCAGCCCAGCGGCCGGGGGGGCUACCCCUCCGAGGACUGGCAGCGCGCUCAGUACCAGCCCCGCCACCCCAUGGCCCCCGCCGCCUACGUCCCCAUGGCGACCGCCGGGGCCACCGCCAGGCCCGUGGAGAGGGGCAUGUCGCCGCGAGGGCCCGAGGCCCCCCCCGCGCCCCUGUCUGAGGCGGGGCCCAGGCCUCAGUCCGGCGGCGGGGAUGGUAAAGAGCAGCUGUGUGGCGCCGGUAGCCCGGCCAGGCAGGUCCGGCCGGAGGAGAGCACGGAGCGGCCCGAGAGCCCCAAGGAGAUCCUGGACCUGGACAGCCACAACGCGGCCGCCCGGCGCCGCAGCCUGCAGCCCACGCUGCUGCAGCAGCAGCAGCAGCAGCGCCAACCCACGGCGGCCGCCGCCCACCUGGCCGCCGGCUUCAUGUACGACCCCCGCGCCGUGCACCCAGGGAUGCAGCAGGGCGGGGUGCCCCCACCCCACAUGCUGUCCCGGGCCGGCGGGGGCUCGCCCUACCCCGGUCAGCCUUAUCCCAGUCCCUACGCCGCCCAAAGACCCCACCCGCACCUCAUGGAGGCCCUGCAGAGGCCCCAGCAGCUGCCCUACUCCCCAGGGCAGACGCGCAUGGCCGUGUACGGACACCCCCAGGGCGGGGGGCACUUCCAGGGCAUGAUGCUCCAGCAGAGGGGGCUCGCGCCCGACCACUUCCUGCACCCUGGGCAGCAGAUCAUGGGUGCUCCUGGUGCCCCGGGCAAUAAGCAGGGCGUGUGAGAAGCCCCGGCAUGAGGACCGUCGCUGCAAGGGAGACGGCCAAGGAUGAGCAGCACACUGCCAAACAGAUGUUACCACGUGUUGUAACUCCUACAAAAGUCCGCCAUGCUGCACGCUGCUGUUGAGGACGGCUCUGCAGGGAGAAGUGGUUCAACAUGGAGUCCUGUUGUUCAGGGGUGUCUUUAAAUUCAUCAUCGGGCCUGGUGGAACAACAAAGGAGAGCGCUCCCACCUGAUGGAUCACUGUAUCUGAAACUAAACAGCUUAAGUCUCCUAACUGUCCAGUAAAGGGAACGCAAUACACCCUUUGAUUUCGUUUUUGUUUUUCUAGAGACUCCGUAGAAUGUAUGAUUUUACUGCUGCCUGUGUGGAACCUUUUUUGUUAAAUUUAUAACAGUGGGACAAAAGGAUGGAUAUUGCUUCCAUGCCAGAGGAUUUUCAGCUCUGGUCCAGUACAAUGUGACAGUGUAAAGACCCUCUCAUGGAUAUUUAGGGUCUGCUCAUGGAGCUGGCCAGGGCUGUGCAGCCUGUGGGACUUCAACCCCAGGUUCUGCCUCACAACAGGACAGAGAGCUGUUGCCAGUAACUACUGGAUCACAGUCGGUCAGGACAGCACAGAGUAGUUGUAGAGUCACACUGGACGGCCCUUUACUCUUCACUGGACUGUCUUGUCACCUCAAUCUAAAAUUGGCUUACUUGCCUUUUUUGAUAGUUUGUUAGUUUGUCCUCCAAAGUGUGGCUGCUGGUCUGGAGCAGAGGACGUGUUGUUGUUGAACUAUUAUUUUUCUUAACUCAGGUCUAAGUAACAAAACAUGGAGGUACUUAACAACCGAUCUCUGCCGCCCACAGACGUCGGCCUCGCCGGAAGCCUUGGUCUUUGUUAUUGAAUGUAUGUAUGUGUGAAUGACACCAGCCUUUAAUGCAAGGUUAAGAUGAUUAUCGCUCGCAUUAAGCAAACAAAACUGUCCCAAGCUGAAGGGUCAUUUUCACCUGGUCCAGUUUCACCAGAGUUAAACACAUCCCCCUAUAUUUGUGUGUGUGUGUGUGUGUGUGUGUGUGUGUGUGUGUGUGUGUGUGUGUGUGUGUGUGUGUGUGUGUGUGUGUGUGUGUGUGUGUGUGUGUGUGUGUGUGUGUGUGUGUGUGUACCUGCCCUACCCCCGUGGUGCCAUGUUCUCGUCGUAAA